GUGUGUGUGGUUGCAUGAGGUGGGGGUGAGGAAUGCUUGGUAUGUGCGGACGGACGACAGCAACGCGAGAUUCGAGCAACGCGCCCCACAAAUGAAACCCAAAAGGCGCUUUCGUUCGCGUUCCCCAAACGUGCCGAACGCGUAACCGGGCUCCGAGUGCGGCGUUUUCCGGCGAGAUCGGACUUUCCGUGGGCGUCCCGAGGCGGGGAACACGCCGCCGAGCCGCCGCGAAACACCCCGUGGAAGCGCAGAUGGUUCGGUCUGUAGUAGGUGGGACAGCCCGAGCGCUCGGUCUGCAGCAGGACGUCGUAGAUCAAUGAACCGGACCGGAGGGUUGGUCCAUCGCCUGGUGUGCAUCUGACUCUAUUAUAGAUGUGUCAGUACGCCUAUCAAGGAUCGAGGCUUUAUUCGCUGUCAAGCAGCCGGUCCAGUAUGCGGAUAUUAUAAAGGCUGUUUUUCAUUUUUUUUUUUUUUUUUUUUAACAAGCACCCCCCUCCUCGUUCCUCCUCGUCGCUCGGUUUCUCCCGGCUCAUCGCACCGAUUUUUUAUUUUAUUUUAUUAUUAGUAGUAUUUUUUAUUUCAUUUAAUUUUUUUUUUUUUUCAGAGGGGAGGGAUCUCAAAUACAUCUGUAGGCUCCGGGAUGAUUUUUGCAAACACAGGCAACCCGCUGAAGACGACCAAUCGAAAGCAGUCCUGCCCCAUGACUCCGUCCAGUCCCAGCAACAGCAGCAACAGCAGCAGCACAGGCCUGGAGCAGCUCAGCAAAACCAACCUGUACAUCCGCGGCCUGCCUCCUGCCACCACGGACCUGGAUCUGGUCAAGCUCUGUCACCAGUAUGGAAAGAUUCAGUCGGCCAAGGCCAUCCUUGACAAGACAACCAACAAGUGCAAAGGUUAUGGCUUUGUGGACUUCGACAGCCCAGCUGCUGCUCUAAAGGCAGUCCAUGCCCUGAAAACCAGCGGCAUUCAGGCCCAGAUGGCCAAGCAGCAGGAGCAGGACCCCACAAACCUUUAUAUUUCCAACUUGCCUCUCUCGGUGGAUGAGAGAGAGCUGGAGAAGAUGCUGCAGCCCUUCGGCCAGGUCGUCUCCACUCGAAUCCUCCGGGACUACAGCGGCAACAGCAGAGGCGUGGGCUUCGCCAGGAUGGACACGACGGAGCAGUGCAACGCGGUCAUCUCCCAAUUCAAUGGGAAGUUCAUCAAGCUAGCUUCCGGAGCUCUGGGCCCGUCUCAGCCUCUGCUGUGUAAGUUUGCUGACAGUCAAAGAAAGAAACAUGCUCACAGUGGAUAUGUGCCCAAUGGACAGACAGGAGACCUCAGACUAGGUGCAAUGACUCUGACCUAUGACCCCUCCACAGCAGCCAUACAGAACGGGUAUUAUCCCUCUCCAUAUCCAGUGACCAAUAGAAUAAUGACUGUGCAACCCGCAAUGUCUCCGUACAUGUCUCCUGUCUCUGCUUACCAGGUUCAGAGUCAUUCUUGGGUGGCACAUCAACCAUACAUCAUGCAACACCCGGCUGCGGUGAUGUCUCCCUCUGUGGAUCCCUCCAUGUCAAUGCACCCCACGGCCAUGAUUACUCAGCAGAUGGGCCAGCUGUCGUUGGGAAACACGGGAGCGUACAUUGCUGCCAACCCGGGGGUCCAGGGAGCCUAUAUGCCUCAGUACCCCCCACUGCAGACAGCAGCUGAGAACGGCUCGCUGCAGCAAGUGGAUUCUUCCAACAACUCGUCUCCUUACAGUCAGCUCAGCAAGUAACACGCAGGCCACAUCACAGCUCUGUGAGCCGGAGGGCAGUUGGGGAAGUUGCUGAGAAUAUCACAGGGAUAAAAGCGACCGCCUGCCCUGGUUGGACCAGACACACAAACCUUUUUUUUUUUGCACAGCCCCGACAUUUUUCGUGGGAAUUGAACACAUCUUAAAUGGACUCAAACAGUCGGCUAAUCACGGGGGAAAUCAAGUAAAAAAAAAAAAAAAAGAAAGAAAAAAAAAAGUAGAUCUAUUUUGAUAAGAAACAACAUCCUUCUCUUAUUCUCCUUUUCAGUGACACCUUCCCACCCACCCACCCGCCUUCCCCGCCCACCCUCCAUGCCCAAUCCAAGUAUGAUGUGACAUUGCAAUGCAUGUGAAUGGGGUAUUUUAGUCCCCCCCCCCCUUCCUCUUUUUUGUUUGUUGUUGAGCUCACCAUGAUUUUUGCAGCUUGUUUCAUUAGUGGCGUACGACAGAUGUUAGCAGGCCUUGUUUGCACUGAAGCUUUUAGAAUAGCUUCGUUUUGGUUUUCAGAGCCGCGGGGAGAGUGAAUAGCUGACGACACGCGUGUCCCAACUGCACUUGAAAGCUAACGCUGACGACCAUUUCAUUAGGAAAUUAAUGAAUUUAUUAUCGGGAAAAAAAACGGUGCCUUCCUCACGUAACAUUGAACAUCGUCCAACAUUCUUUCAUCUAACUUGAUCAGGUGUCAUUCUUCUAUUCCUAUUGAUCAAAUUGUGUGUGUGAAAUCAUGGAGAUCUCCGUGAAGCGUUUCGCUUAUUUAGUCGUUUGGUAGCAAUAAAGACAAUGAGAGUUCCACGGCAAUACUGAGAACAAAGGCGACAAACUCAGAGCACGGCGAUUCCUUAUUUUUCCUAUUUCCUUUUUUUUUUUUUUUUUUUUUUUUUUUUUAAAUGGUCUAAACAUUAAAAACAGGAGCCGUACUUUUAUGACUUUACAAGUUUUAACACCCAGUGGGCAUCUAUUUCGGAGGCUUUGUUUUUCUCUUGUGGUCGGUUCGACCGGUUAUCUACCUCACGGUUUUGCUGGAGUCGGCUGGCGCUGUCGGGUUUGCAGGUAAAGCCCCCUCGCGCCAGACUGAACGCUGCAAACCAGAAGCCACGCUCAGGAGCUGGCUAACUAGGACUUCUGCCGUUUGUCUCCCAUGUGCAGCAUUCCUUCUCAUAAUCAUCAAAACGGGGGGGAAAAAAAAAACAACAAACAAACAAACAAACGCAUUUUAAAUCGUUAUCCCGAUUUGUCUCUUUGCUUUUCUUCUGGUGUUUUCUUUUUCCACAACGUGACUAGAAAUGCUCCAUUUUAGGAACUCAAACCGAGUUUCUCUGUUUUUUUUUUUUGUCAGGUCUUU